CUUUCCCAUCUUGCAAGAUGGCGGGUGAAAAAGUUGAGAAGCCAGAUACUAAAGAGAAGAAACCCGAAGCCAAGAAGGCUGAUGCUGGUGGCAAGGUGAAAAAGGGUAACCUCAAGGCUAAAAAGCCCAUGAAGGGGAAGCCCCAUUGCAGCCGCAACCCUGUCCUUGUCAGAGGAAUUAGCAGGUAUUCCGAAUCUGCCAUGUAUUCCAGAAAGGCUAUGUACAAGAGGAAGUACUUAGCCGCUAAAUCCAAGGUUGAAAAGAAAAAGAAGGAGAAGGUUCUUGCAACUGUUACAAAACCAGUUGGUGGUGACAACAAUGGCGGUACCCAGGUGGUCAAACUUCGCAAAAUGCCUAGCUAUUAUCCUACUGAAGAUGUGCCUCGAAAGCUGUUGAGCCAUGAAAAACCCUUCAGUCAGCACGUGAGAAAACUGCGAGCCAGCAUUACCCCCAGGACCAUUCUGAUCAUCCUCACUGGACGCCACAGGGGCAAGAGGGUGGUUUUCCUGAAGCAGCUGGCUAGUGGCUUGUUACUUGUGACUGGAUCUCUGGUCCUCAAUCGAGUUCCUCUACGAAGAACACACCAGAAAUUUGUCAUUGCCACCUCAACCAAAAUUGAUAUCAGCAAUGUAAAAAUCCCAAAACAUCUUACUGAUGCUUACUUCAAGAAGAAGCAGCUGCGGAAGCCCAGACACCAGGAAGGUGAGAUCUUCGACACAGAAAAAGAGAAAUAUGAGAUUACAGAGCAGCGCAAGAUUGAUCAGAAAGCUGUGGACUCACAAAUUUUACCAAAAAUCAAAGCUAUUCCUCAGCUCCAGGGCUACCUGCGAUCUGUGUUUGCCCUGACGAAUGGAAUUUAUCCUCACAAAUUGGUGUUCUAAAUGUCUUAAGAACCUAAUUAAAUAGCUGACUACAAAAAAAAAAAAAAGAAAA